AUGACAAAGAAAAGAAGGAACAACAGUCAUUCCAAAAAGGGCCGCGGCCAUGGGCAGCCUAUUCACUGCACGAACUGUGCUCAAUGUGUGCCCAAGGACAAGGCCAUUAAGAAGUUCGUCACUCAAAACAUAGUAGAGACUGCAGCCAUCAGGGACAUUUCCAAAGCGAGUGUCUUCGAUGCCUAUGUGCUUCCCAAGCUGUACGUGAAGCUAAAUUCCUGUGUGAGUUGUGCCAUUCACAGCAAGGUUGUCAGGAAUUGAUCUGGUGAAGCCGGGAAGGACUGAACACCCCCACCACGAUUUAGACCUGCAGGUGCUGCCCCACAACCUCCACCGAAGCCCAUGUAA